GUGUUGUGCUUUUAAUUGUGUUUGUAACGUUUUAUUUCGAAUUGCAAUAAUUUUCGUAGCUAUCUUGUUUUGAUUGAUUGUUUUUGUGUUUCUGUUUACUAUUAUAUUAUUGUUUGAGGCCGCUGUAGUUUGGUAUACAAUGCCACCUCGCAAAAAGUCCACAAGUAGCACAGAGUCCAGCAGCGCCAGCUCAUCGGAUUCAAGCUCCAGUGACAGCAGUUCUAGCGGUAGUGAUUCCGGAAGUUCCAGCAGUGAAAGUGAUUCGUCUAGUUCUCAGGAAGCGCCUACCACUAGAAACCACAGCAACAGUAAUGUCAAUGCUUCGAAUAAAACUAACGAGAAGGUAAUUCGUCGUCGUAGCUCGGAAACGACGGCUUCCGCAUCUAAAGCAAUGGUUGCUGCAGCAGCAGCUACAGCAUCGAAGGAUUCUGAUAAAACAGGCGCGAAAUCAGGCGGUAAUAGCAAACAGCGCAAAGCUUCGAAGGGCUCGGUUUCCACCACCGAUGAUGAUUCUGCAAUCGAAAGUAAACCAGCUCAACCUCCCGUUGUUCAGAAAAAGGUGCAACAAGCGGAAGCAGCUAAACGUAGAGCCCAGGAAAAGCAAGCAAACGCAUCGCAAGCAAACAUUCCGCAGGCGAUAGUUCCUCCAAUUACGGGUGGUAAGGUACCACCCUCGGUUAUCAAACAACAACAGCAACAACAGCAGCAUUCACACCAACAGCAAAUCAAACAAACUCCAAUGACAAAGGCGGCAGCAAAAGCUAGCGUGUUAGCAAAAGAACCUUCCAAGAUCAAUCCUCCGAUUGCGAAGAAAGGACCAAGUCCGGCUUUGUCGGCUGCUGCAACGAAAGCCAAGAAAAAGAGCAUCUUCUCGCCAGUCAACUCAUCCGAAUCGGAUGAUGAAAAGGAAAAGGCUGAUGUAAAGGAUAGACGUACCUCUGCGUCUAGUGCGACAGGCGCCCAUUCUGGAGCAGCUGCCAAUAAAAAUCAGCCUGCAGCUAGUGGAAAAACCCCGGGUGUAUCAAAUGUAAAUCAACAGCAGCAACCGCAACAACAACAAAGAACUCGAGGUCGUCCCCGCAAAAUUCCAAUAGCCACUACUACUGGACCUGUUACAAAACCUAUUGCACAAGUUAAACCUCAGGUUUCGGCAACAGCGGUUAAAGCACAACCACCGGCUCCUGCCCAGCCGAAGCCUCCCAAACCAGAGGAAGAUGGAUCAUCAGCAACGACGACCUCCACAGAUUCAUCCUCUUCGGGUUCGUCCGAUUCCGACUCAGAUUCAUCGGAGGAUUCCUCUCCAUCAGCGACCGCCGCACAGCAACUGAAGAAAUCCAACAGCAAUAUGAAGCGGCCUCUGGAGAGAACUCCCCAGAAAGUCGAUGGCAAAGAUGCCGGCACUGAUUCCGAAACCGAGGGUACCGGCAAACAGACACGUAAGCUUACGCGGUCGUCAAGCACUAGGAAAUCAAAACAUUUGCUCGGAAAAAAUGCUUCGGAAACAGAAUCUGACGCCGAUAGCGUUAAACGGUCAGCUUCCAAAAGCCCAGUCAAAAAAGCACCUAUCGUGCCAACGAAAGGAAAGGCCAAAAAUAGUAGCAAAAAGAAAGAUCCGGUUAUCAAAGAAGCUCCACUUGAGCCGGAAAAGGAACCGGAACCGGUAGAGAAUAGGUGUCCAUUAAUACAUUGCACAACAACCGGUCAUCUUGGCGGACAAUGUGAGCGGCACUUUAUUUUAGAAGCUUGUCCUAUGUAUCACAACAUGACAUCACAGCAAACGAAAGAUUUUCUUCAAGAACGCAAACGACGGGAGGACGAUCGUAAGAAAGCUGUUCCUGUGUAUGAGAAUUCUAAAAAGAUCCAAACGGCAGAGCAGAAAGCCUACAUGCAAAAGAUUCGUGACAUUCGAAUGCGUUUCAAACCCAAUCCACCUCCGGUUGAGAGGCCCAAACCGAUGGUCGAACGGGAUGAGAACGAAAUUGAUCUGGAGCCCAUGCUGGAUGGAAUAGUGUCCGAUUACGAUUUGCAACUGUUCCGGGAAGCACAAGCGGCUGCCAGUGAAAGCAUGGAAAAUGAAUUGAAAGACAUGGUGACGGGAAAGGGUACUCGUUUCAUUUCGAUGGGACGUCACUGUAUGCAAGUGUGGUACCAAAGUCCCUACCCGGAUGACGUAGCUCGGCUACCGAAAUUGUAUUUGUGCGAAUUUUGCCUACGGUAUCAGAAGUCCGAGGUGGGAAUGAAGCGACAUGCGGCAAAGUGUGUUUGGAGGCAUCCUCCUGGCGACGAGAUCUACCGCAAAGGCAAACUCGGCGUUUGGCAGGUGGACGGCAAACGGCACAAACAGUACUGUCAGAAUCUUUGCUUGUUGGCGAAGUUUUUUCUGGAUCACAAGACGUUGUAUUAUGAUGUGGAACCUUUUCUGUUUUAUGUGAUGACCUUGGCAGAUAGCGACGGAUGUCAUACGGUGGGCUACUUUAGCAAGGAGAAAAACUCUUUUCUGAACUACAACGUGUCCUGCAUUCUCACCCUGCCACCCUACCAGCGCAAAGGCUACGGUCGGCUGCUAAUAGAUUUCAGUUACCUGCUGACCCGCGUUGAAGGAAAAAUCGGCUCGCCCGAGAAACCAUUGUCGGAUCUGGGAUUGAUAUCGUACCGCUCUUACUGGAAGGAUGUGUUACUGGCGUAUCUCUGCUCGCGACCUGGAACGACGCUCAGCAUAAAGGACAUUUCGCAGGAAAUGGCUAUCAAUUCGUACGAUAUCGUCAGCACACUCCAGGCUCUUGGUAUGAUGAAGUACUGGAAGGGUAAACAUAUAAUACUGAAAAAGCAGGACGUACUCGAAGAGUAUGAGGAGCGGGUUAAGCGCCGAGGAAAUAUGCCAAAGAUCGAUCCCAGCUGCCUCAAAUGGACACCAUUCGUGGCACCGACACCGUCUUCGCCAACUUCCUAGCGCCAGUCGUACCCCUAUCAGUAUCACUA